ACGUCUGCAGUGGGCUGUGAGGAAAAGUAAAAGCCUGGCGUUUUCCCAUCCCCAGGUAGCAGAAGCUCGGAAGCCUGACAGCGUUCCAGCCACCUGAGUGGGCCCGGGGCAGGCAGCUGCCCAUGUGGCCCUUCCAGACAGGCUCCUCGCUAAAAUGAGGGAUCUUCUUCAGUACGUCGCCUGCUUCUUUGCCUUUUUCUCUACUGGGUUCUUGGUUGUGGCCACCUGGACAGACUGUUGGAUGGUGAAUGCUGACGAUUCCCUGGAGGUGAGCACAAAAUGCCGAGGCCUCUGGUGGGAGUGUGUCACGAAUGCUUUUGAUGGGAUCCGCACCUGCGACGAAUACGAUUCCAUCCUUGCCGAACACCCCCUGAAGCUGGUGGUAACUCGAGCAUUGAUGAUUACUGCAGAUAUUCUAGCUGGAUUUGGAUUUAUCACCCUGCUUCUUGGUCUUGACUGUGUGAAAUUCCUCCCUGAUGAGCCAUACAUUAAAGUCCGCAUCUGCUUUGUUGCUGGAACCAUUUUACUAAUAGCAGGUGCCCCAGGAAUCAUUGGUUCAGUGUGGUAUGCUGUUGAUGUUUAUGUGGAACGUUCUUCUCUGGUUUUGCACAAUAUAUUUCUUGGCAUCCAAUAUAAAUUUGGUUGGUCUUGUUGGCUUGGAAUGGCUGGGUCUCUGGGUUGCUUUUUGGCUGGUGCUGUCCUGACAUGCUGCUUAUACCUCUUCAAAGAUGUUGGACCUGAGAGGAACUAUCCAUACUCCAUGAGGAAAGCCUAUUCCACAGCAGCUGUUUCCAUGGCCAAGUCAUACGUAGCUCCUCGGACAGAGACUGCCAAAAUGUAUGCUGUGGACACAAGGGUGUAAAGUGCCACACGUCAGUCUGCGUGUACGUUACUGAAAUAAUCAACCAAUAUGUUUGUGUUAAUCCAGGAACACUUAUUUUGACCUCACUAUGUUCAACUAAAUUAAUUGCUCAGCUUAAUCAAGAAGUUUGAUUCUCCUAUCCCUGCUCCUUUUCUGUCAUUCUCAUAUUCUCCCUCCUCCUUUCCACCCUCCUCUUCCACAUGCCCCCACGCACUUGCCCUGUAUUUUUGGAUAAGGUUGCUAGGGUAUACAAAUGUUUGUGAUUUCUGUAUUGCUGUUAGAGAUUGUGACAUGGUGAUAUUCAAGUAAAAUGACACUUUAAGACUAGAAAGCAACCUUUGAAAGAGGCCAGGGAUUCUAAUCUUUGAAGGGAUUGACAGCCUCUUAGCAAAUUACCUGGCUUUUGGUUCAUUCUUUGUGUUCUCAUCUGAGUGAGUUAUUUGAUAACUUUCAAGAAGAUGAUUCUUUGAAAUUUAAGCUAGUACAUCAAACCUUACCAUUACUCUGACCCUGUUAAAAUAGAAAAAAUAAAAC